GAAAAUCCUUUUAUUAAAUACAAAAAUAAAAUCAUCUUAGAAUUAGAAGAUGAUUUUGAAAUUACUGAAAUUUUUAAUUCAAAAAUAAUAUCAAAUGACAGAGAUAAAGAUCUUAUAAUUUCAGUAUAUGAUAUUGAUUUUUUGGUUACAUGUAAAUAUAGACCAAAAGCAAAUAUUCGAUUUAAUGAUGUUGAACGUACUGCAGCCAAUUCCAAACUUCUUAAAAUUCAAGGUGUGAUAGUUACAAAUGUUGGAUAUGGAAAAAAGGCUAUUAAUAAUGCAAAAAAAUAUAAUAUUAUCUUAACUCAAGAUUUUAAUAUUAAACAUAAAUUAAAAUUAUAUGUUGAUAAAAUAGUUGAAAAAAGAAUGUUAGAUAUCUUGGAAGAUAUCGAAAAAGAAGAAAAUAUUU